ACGCAGGAGCUCUUCCUUCUAUAUAACAGAUCAUAUAGGGCCAUCUCAAUAUGGUUGGCUGGGGGCAUCCUCGCAGAUACCAUGAUUGCGGUCACAAUGACGAUUCUGAUAGUGAGAAAAAAGACAACGUAUAACACCAAGACUGAUAGGAUGAUGAACAAGAUUGUUCAGCUGACUGUCGAAACGGGCACCGCGACAGCUGGCAUGGCCGCUCUCGAUCUUCUGCUAUGCAUGAUCUUUGCUGACAAGAUGUACUAUGUUUCUCCAGCGCUGGUGAUAAGCAAAAUAUAUGCCAACUCCCUCCUCGCGAACCUCCUCAAUCGCGUAUUUGUCACAAAGGAUAUGCGACGCACGAACAGCGGCACGCGUCUAGACACACUGAUGUUUGCAUCUUAUCACGGCCAGCACACUACCAAUCAGCCCGGUGUCGCUACUCGCACGUCUGUCCACGAUAUUGCUGACAAGGCAACGUAUCCGGCGGAGGUGGGGGAUUGUGUAUCUUCGGCAUAAGCGAACGAUGAAGGCGAGUGGACAAAAUUGUAGCCCAUAGAGUGCCAAUGAGGCCUUUCGGGUCGCGGCAUAGAGACGCACUGCUCUUAUCAGCCUCAUCUCUGCGCAUGGAUCUGAGUAUCAUAACAAUUCUGUAGUAAAGGGCUGUGACGCAGACUGCGACGGAGAGGUGCAAGAGAGGUGCACUAAGUAUCUACCAAUGGCGUGGUGGCACAGCCGGCGCGGGCGCGCACUGGCAGACUGCAG